UUGUAAACAAAAUAAAUUAAUAAUAAAAUAAAUUAUUAAUACUAUAAAUAAAAUGGCUUCAAAAAAUGCCAAAUCAUAUUCCUCAAGCAAUAACGCAGAUGCUGUCAACAACGGCAGCAUACCACUAAUCAAAAGCAAGGACAAUGCUAAGCAACUACCAACCUACUAUAACGUUUUGCAACGUUCAAGUGAAGACUAUCUGUCUGCUGAAGAUUUGGACAAAAUACAAGCUGAGUUAGAAACUUUAUUGUCAAAUGUUGCAUUACGAUAUCGUGUACUCAAGGCUGAGUAUGAAAGUUUAGAUAAAGAUGAACGACGCAAUGAGCGUCGGUCGAAACAUACAACGAGUGGUGAGAAAGCGCCUUCAUCGCCAGCUGUGCAAUCUUCAUCGGGCAAACGAAAGCGUGAUACUGACACAAGUACACAAUUAACACGUAAACCAAAAAGUUCCGUAAAACAUAUAAAAAACGCUAAGAAAAGUCCUAAUCCACAACAGCAUACUGACGAUAGUACAGAUUCCACGCCAACGGUUGUGCAAAAUACUUUAACUGUGCCAGCUGGCCAAGCGCGCAGUGGCGAGCAUCAUGCGCCAAAAGUGACACUGCCUAAAAAUGAUACACCAAAUAAAUUUUGGUUGUCUGUAGAACCAUAUUGUAUGCCUAUAACAAAUGAAGAUUUGCGCUUAAUAGACGAUCUUUUGGAACAAUAUACAGAGCCAUUAGUACCAGCCAUACCAGAAUUGGGUCCACAUUAUUCGAAAACAUGGGCAGAAGAUGAUAUAAAAGACUUACAACAAGCAUCAAAUCCAAAUUAUAAUCGGCUUAAACAACAAAAUACUGUUGCCAAUGUCAUGUUGAAGAAGGGAGAUGCUUUAGUAGAUGAAUGUGUAACUGGUUCCCUUACGCAAAGAUUUAUUUCAGCAUUUAUGGAAGAGCAGCUAAUAACACUACCACCAGAACUGGUAACAAAUGCCCCAGACUCGAGUAAUAGCAGCAGCGAAAAUACACAUUCGUCCGCUCAGCUAAACUUUCGUUCACUGUCCAUGAUGCGCAAUUGCAUCGAUAUCGAGAAUCGUCUGAAAGAGGAGCUUAUUAAACAAGGUCUACUUGAUCCUGACGAUAAUAACGAUGAUGAAGUGCUGAAUGAAAUUAAACGUAUCACUAAUGAGUUAACUCUUAUAUCGGAUUAUAAUAGCAAAGCUUUAAGACAAUUGAAAACGGCUUCAGCCAAUGAAAUAAAACGUUUAGAAAUUAAACGCAAAUUAGAUUUAGUCGAUCAGGAGAUCUUAGAAACCUACAAGCGUACCGUACAAAAUAAGGCUAAGCAAAAGCCAAUCACGGCCGAAGAACAACAGGAAGUCUUUCGCUUGACUGCUGAACAGAAAUCGCUGUCCGAUCAAUUGCAGCGUGCAGAGGCGUCGUUCAAAUUGAUUGAUGAGAUCAAGAUCGAAAAGGAUGUGAUCGAUACGAGCGAAGUUAAAAUCGAAAAGGACGAAGUACAAGUAAAGGAAGAGAAUACUGUUUCCGGUAGUUAGUAGCGCUACUACAUAAUUACAACAGUUGCUCAUUUACCUUUUGAAAGCUGUGGCUUCGCAUUUUAAUUUACGGUUCGUAGUACUAGGAUACACUCACUCAUAUAUUGAACUCCUGCCAGUUCAAUUGGUUAUUCCUACAUAAACAUUAAAUAUUGGCCAAAAUAUUAACAUUUUGGAUUUCGACAAUUUAUCACCGUCUUUCGCUUAAACUUCUUAUUACUGGAUUUAAUAUUUUGUGUAAUUUAUUUUUAACAUUUUAUAUUAUGGAUUUAUUGUUUGUUUAAUUUUAACUUUUCAUUUUACAUACACAAAAGAAGAAAUAAAAUAUAUUGCUUAGAAUUAAGAAAAGGAAACUUACUUUUACGCAAGCGACUUGCUUGGAGCGCCUUAGUUACUACACCUCUUAACUCUGUAACACACUUUGCGGUAAUAAAAACAAUUGAACCUCAGACAAAACUCUUCGCCAAACUUAUUGCAAAAUAAUAACAAAAAAACAAAACAAAAAAAAAAACA